AUGGGUAUUGUUGACUAUUUCAGUCGACCGCGUGGUCUUCGUGCACAUGGUGCCGAUACCCCCACUAUGGAGACCCCAAAGGUCAUUGAGCCUACUGUUACAUCGAGUUUGGAGUCUUCGGGGGCAGCCACCCCUGCACACAUGCUGCCUUCUCCGGCUGGCAGUGAAGAUCCGUUUAUUCUUGAAAAGAUCCCUCAUCAAUUCGGUCGACUAGGUUCUUGGAGAGGGUGUUUGAUCUUGCUUGUCACUUCUGGCUCGCAGUUCCUGGACAAUGUUUUCAUGACCAGUGCCAAUAUUGCUUUAUCGUCGAUUCAGCAGGACUUCAAGGUCUCGGGCACUGACUUGCAAUGGAUGAUCUCUGCCUACACACUUUCUUUUGGUGGUUUCCUGUUGCUUGCUGGUGCUUUGUCUGACCGUUACGGGCGGAAGAAAAUCCUCUGUCUAGGUCUCGCCUGGCUCUCCAUCUGGACUCUGGCCAUUGGCUUUGGCCAAUCCUUUAUCCAACUUACGGUUUUCCGUGGAAUCCAAGGAAUUGGAGCUGCACUCACCGUCCCAUCUGCCAUUGGAAUCAUCAGUUCUUACUUCAGUGGCGUUGACCGUACCCGCGCUUUGUCUAUAUACGGAGCUUCUGGCACUCUCGGAUUCUGCACCGGUCUAAUCUUUGGAGGUUUCCUGACUUCCUCAUUGGGCUGGAGGUACAUCUUCUACCUGAUCGUCAUCAUCACCGGCUCUCUGGGAAUCCUAGGUUUCAUCGUGCUUCCUGCCGAUGUACCCUCCAAGCAGAAGCAUGAGCGAAUGGACUACAUUGGAGCAGUUAUGUCCACCGCUGGUCUGAUACUACUUCAGUUCGUCCUUUCAAGUGGUGGAACGUAUGGCUGGGACCAACCUUUCAUCAUAGUUCUUUUGAUUGUGGCUGUUGGUCUUCUCAUCGGAUUUACCAUCCUGGAAAAGUACAUCAGCAACCCAAUCAUGCCGCUCUCGCUAUGGAAGAUUCGCAAUUUCGCCGGUCUCUGGGUGAUUGGCUUCACUGGAUAUGGCACAUACCAGAACGUCAUCUACUACAUCGUGCUCAUCGCGCAGGAGGUCGACAAGCUCAAUGCCGGCGACACCGCUCUCCGCUUCUUGCCUAUGGGUGCGAUCGGCUUCAUUGUAUCUCUCGGCACUGGAAAAUUGCUUGAGUACAUGAAUGGAAAACAUCUUCUGAUCGCCGGACUGGUUCUGGCCGUCGUUGCACCCAUCUCUAGUGCUCUGACUUCGAGCCCUGAACAUAGCUUCUGGCUUAACGUUCUCCCCACCUCCUUGAUCAGUAUCUCAUCCGUAUCAUUCAUCUUCGUCACAACAAGCACGGUGGUCUUGACAAGUGUCCCUGUCGAGGUGAAGAGUUUGGCCGGUGGAAUGCUGAACACUGCAUUCCAAAUUGGCUCUGGUGUCGCAUUGGCUAUCUCGGCUGCUGUUACCGACGCCGUUGAUAUCCAAAAGGGUCACGGUCUCGCUGAACAGUACGGUACCGGGCUCUGGUGCUCUGUCGGACUUGCCGGCCUUGGCCUAAUUGUUGGUCUCAUUGCCGUGAGAGAAAAGGGCAUCGGACCCAAAGAUCGAAUGGGCGCCGGUCCCGUUGCCAUCUGA